AUGGAAGAUAAAGAUAGCACCGAGGGUGUCCGAGUUCUCAGUCUUGAUGGUGGCGGGCCGGGCUGCUUCUCUCAACUCGUCAUUCUAGACGAGAUUAUGGCACGAAUCGCGCACGACAAACAAUUGGACAAGAAACAAAUGCGUCUCGCCGACUAUUUCGACUUGAUGGUAUCUUUGGAUAGAUACAUCGGGUUCAUGCUUGGGGCUCUUCGAAUGACAGUCAAGGACGCCAUGAAAGAGCUUCACUCGCUGGGUUCAAAGCUUAUGCUAGGUGAUACGGACGUUCAGGUAUCACCCACCGAACGAGUGGAUACUCUCAAAAGUGGGAUUCGACAGAUGUUGAGAAAUCAAGGUGUAUCUGAAGACGUGGACUUGCAAGACCCGCGAUUCUCGUCCUCGGGAUGCAAAGUGCAAUGGUUCAGGACCUACCCUUCCUCUCGAAGCAACAUCGAGUGCUCUGUGGUCGACGCGCUAAGUGCGAGUAUGGCACUUCCCACUCUCUUCAGCACCGUCACGGUUGGUCCAGAAUAUGCUCAGGAAGGGUUCUGCGGAGGGGGACUGGGAUUCAACAAUCCUACUCGAGAGCUGCUCAAGGAGGCUCAGUUGGUGUAUGGCGGUGAAAGGCGAUUAUCGGUCAUCCUUAGUGUCGG